AUGAAGCCUACGGCAUUCGUCCUGCCCCGCGUUAUGCUUCUAUUUGCCUUGGUUCCGCUCAUAUUCGCACAUGCUACUCCCGGGAGCGGAACACUCGAUGGUCUCGAUGCUGCUGCCGUCCGAGCCUACGCCAGACUGUUGAAACUCAAACGUGAUUCAGCCCCCGCCACUGCUCCUUCGGGGAACUAUGCACCUAGCAAUUCGUCUUGCCCGCCACAGCUCAUCCGUAGCAUCAACAACACCGUCUCCGUUGCUCCAGGAGAAUAUUCUUAUGUCCAAGCUCGAAAAUCAGCCAUCGUAUCGAACUGGGCGACGUACCUCAACAACUCUGCCGUAAACCUUCAAGGGUUCGACAUAAAUGGUUUCUUGAGCAAUACGAGUAAUUUGCCUAUAGUGGCGAUCGCUGCAAGUGGCGGAGGCUACCGGGCAAUGCUACAUGCGUCUGGAGUGUUCAACGCGUGGGACGCGAGGAAUAGCACGUCUGUGGCUCAAGGGACAGGAGGCAUAGUCCAGCUGAGUACCUACAUGGCCGGACUGUCAGGUGGAAGCUGGUUUGUUGGCACGUUGGCUGUGAACAGCAUGCCAAUGAUUCAACAGCUCCUUGAGGUUUGGGAUUUGGAGAAGGAUCUGGUUAACCCCGGCCUCAGCGAGCUUCUAAGCUACUACCUUGAUAUCAAUUCCGAAGUGCAGGAGAAAAAGGCGAAGGGGUUUGACUGUUCGCUUACCGACUACUGGGGCCACGCAUUGUCGAGGCAUCUUGUGAACUCCACGAACAAGGGUAUCGCAACCACAUGGUCAUCAGUUCAAAACGUGUCAGCAUUCAAUGAUCAUUCGAUGCCAUUUCCAAUCAUCAUUGCAGAUGGAAGGGCGCCAGGAGAGACUGUGGUCAGCACUAACACAACCAUCUGGGAAUUUACGCCGUAUGAGUUUGGAUCAUGGGAUCCUAGCUUGAGAUCCUUCAUCCCGACUGAGCAUAUCGGGACCGCCGCGCGUAAUGGCACGCCUAGCGUAACGAAUGUGUGCGUACGAGGAUUCGAUAACGCAGGUUUUGUCAUGGGCACAUCCGCCUCGCUAUUCAACGCCGCCAUCGCCCACGUAAUGAACAGUAGCAGCACGGUUCUCCAGGCUCUUGGAGACCUCCUCAAGGAAAUCCUUACUGAUCAUAACAAUGAUAUCGCACCCUAUCCGAACACCUUCAAUGGGAUCAACGCUGGAGGUUUUCCCGCUUCAGGAUCUGCGGAACUAAACCUUGUUGAUGGUGCGACAGAUAACGAGAACAUCCCUCUUUGGCCACUUCUGCAGCCAGAGAGACAUGUGGACGUUAUUCUUGCCCUAGAUGCCAGUUUUGAUACGACUUAUCGUUGGCCGAAUGGGAGUUCCCUCGUUCAGACGAGGAACAGGGUGAUGACUGAUACUUUCAAGAACGUUCCCUAUCCUCGUGUUCCAUCGAGUACGAACACAUUCGUUAAUCGAGGUUUGAACAAUCGUACCACAUUCUUUGGAUGUAAUGAGACAGCUACGCCUCUUAUCGUCUAUGUCCCCAAUCACCCCUACACAUCAUACACCAAUUUUUCGACUUUUCAACUCAAUUAUAAACCAAUUGAAGCUCAAGAGUUCCUCACCAACGCCCUGCAUGAGGCAACAGGCAACGGAACGAAUUUGCCGACCUGUAUGGCCUGUGCUCUCAUCCAACGUGCCCUCCUCAGGCAGGGUAAACAGCUGACGCCACAAUGUCAAUCUUGCUUCAACCAGUAUUGCUGGGAUGGAGUAGAAGAUGAGAGUCUGCCGAAGGGAGAGGGUUGGAGCGGCGCAGGACGCUGGUGGAGCGGGAACUGGCGAGAAGCCGACGCCUCUUAG